AUGACAGACCCCAGACUAAUUGAUAUGGAACCUGGCGGAGAAAGCACUCAAUAUGAGUCAAUUCGUCAAUACACUAUCAGUCCCUCGAAGCAGACCGGACAACUGGGUGUCGGCCAACCACAUACUAAAAGCGAAGUGAGCCCCACUCUGGGAACAGAUACUCCAACAUCCAAGCAAAACGAGGAGCUCCAGGCGCAGAGUUUGGGCAUGGGGGUAUUCCGUGACUCGAGCAAAGAUAUAGCACUUGACGAGGACGAUGCAGCGGCCAAGGCCCGCAGACUGCAGGGGUAUGGGCCUGGGUCCGGAGUGGGCGCUUAG